CUGGCCUCUCACCCUGGCUCGGACACAUCAGCACUUUCGUGGAUAUGGCAUGGCCGGCGAUUGCCAUCAGAUGAGUCGCGCUUUCUGCCCAUUAUCGUGCUGGCGAAGUGUUGUUCCCGUCCCAAAUAUCCCUCAAACGGCCCCACUCGGCUCUACGAUAUUUGAGUCCCCAUACAAAGCCGUCAGGAGCACGCGCACAACUCUUUUUCUUUUUCCCCCAGCAGUUCGUCUUUCUCGCUGCAACUCUGUGUGUAUCAUCCAGUCAGCAGUAGUGACUGUCUGACCCCCUUUUUUGGGUCGCUGGCGCAUCAGUGCCGAGCAGUCAAGCCCACCUCCUUCUCUCCUGUGCAUUCCAUCAAGAGCCCCACUUCACCACUUACACGGGCGAGCAACGAAGCAAUUGGAUUCGACAAGAUGGUUGCAUCCCCAUCCCCACCAGUCACCCCCCUCGCCUCCGGGCCAACCAUCAAGAUCGCAGAGGGCGCCCACCCGAACCAGCGUCGCCGCUCCGAGUCGGAGCAGCGGUUCCCGCCCCUCCAGCGCACCGACACGACGGGCCUCGCCGGCGGAAUCUACAACAGGCGCGACCUCUCGCGCGUCGCCAGCCACAGGAGCAGCAUCGCGGCGCGCAUCUCGUUCGACCCCAGUGCUGAGAACAACGUCGAUGUCGAGGAGGGCGACAACUGGCGCGACAGCGAGCAGCCCAAGGUGAAGCAGGUCUACCGCGGCAAGACGCUGCUGUGGCUCGCGUACCAGUCUGUUGGGGCCAUCUACGGCGACAUCGGGACCAGUCCUCUUUAUGUCUUCUCGUCGACGUUUACGGCCCCGCCGAGCCAAGGGGAUGUCAUUCAGGUCUUGUCGCUCAUUCUAUGGUCGUUGACAAUCAUGGUCACUUUUAAAUAUGUCUUCAUUGUCCUGCGUGCCGACAACGAGGGCGAGGGAGGCACUUUCAGUUGCUACUCGCUCCUGACCAGAUUUGCAAAUAUUACGGCCCGCGACCCGCGAGAAGAAGCACUGGUGCACAUGGAGAGGCACCAUACCGGGAAUCUGCGGCCCUCCAAUCUCGGAGUGCGCUCAUUGAUGGAGCGAAGCCGGUUCUUCCGCGGCCUGCUCAAGACAAUUGGCGUCCUGGCAGUGUCCAUGGUCCUUUCCGACGGCGUCCUCACGCCGGCGCAGUCUGUGCUUGGCGCGGUCCAGGGCCUCAACGUCGUGAAGCCCGACAUCUCGAGCUCCACGGUCGUGGGGACCUCGUGCGGCAUCAUCCUCGUGCUCUUCUUCAUCCAGCCGCUCGGCCUGUCGCGCCUAGCAUCGGUCUUCGCCCCCAUUGUCAUCGUCUGGCUGGCCUUCAACGGUGGAUUUGGCAUCUAUAACCUCGUCCAGUUCGACCACAGCGUCCUAAAGGCAUUCAAUCCUUACUACGCGUUUCAGUUCUUCAUACAGCACAAGACUGAGGGCUGGAAGAUGCUCGGAGGUGUACUGCUCGCGUUUACUGGAGUCGAGGCCCUCUUUGCCGAUCUGGGCGCCUUCUCAAUGAGGGCGAUUCAGCUUAGCUGGCUGUGUUGGACAUACCCGUGCUUGUUGCUAGGAUAUCUUGGUCAAGGGGCUUAUAUCAGCGUCCAUCCUGAUGCUUACUCCAAUCCGUUUUAUAACUCGGUUCCGCCGGGGAUGCUGUACCCUUCCCUGGUCGUUGCUGUGCUCGCUGCGAUAGUGGCUUCCCAGGCGAUUAUCACAGCCACUUUCCAGCUCAUUGCCCAAAUUAUGAAGCUUUCAUACUGCCCACAGGUCAAGGUCGUGCACACCUCCAAGACCUUCCACGGACAGCUUUACGUUCCUUUCCUUAACUGGCUACUCAUGUGCGGCACAAUCCUCGUCACAGCAGUCUACUCAAACACCACGCGCCUCGGCAACGCCUACGGCGUCUGCGUCAUGUUUGUCACCUUCUUCGACACGUGCAUGGUGACGCUCGUGGCCCUGAUCGUCUGGCGCAUCCCGCCGUACCUCGUGGUCGUGCCUUGGCUCUGCUUCGCCUCGGUGGACGGGCUGUACCUGUCCUCAGCCCUCAACAAGGUCCCCGACGGCGCCUGGUUCACGCUCACCAUCUCGGCGAUCCUGACCGGGCUGUUCAUGCUGUGGCGGUUCGGAAAGGAGGUGCAGUGGAAGGCCGAGGCGGAGGACCGCUUCCGCCUCAACACGCUCGUCACCAAGGACGACGAGGGCAAGCUCAAGCUCACGCAGCGCUGGGGCGGCGACCAGCUGUCGCAGAUCCGCGGGCUGGGCAUCUUCUUCGACAAGACGGGCGUCCUCACGCCCGCCGUCUUCACCCAGUUCGCGAGCAAGUUCAACGCCGUCAUGGACGUCACGGUGUUCUGGCACCUCCACCCCGUCGAGGCGCCCACCGUCCCGGACGCGGAGCGCUACUCGGUCUCAAAGUUCACCACCAUCCCGGGCUGCUACAGGCUCGUCGUCAAGCACGGCUUCAUGGACGAGGUCAUGUCCCCCGACCUGGCGGCCCUCAUCUACGAGAAGGUCCGCUCCUUCAUCAUCCGCCAGGCCGCCCGCGGCGAGGAGAUCCGCCGCGAGGACCCUUCCCUCUCGGGCGACGACGGGUCGCAGGACACGCAGCGCAGCGGAAUCGAGAACGUCGAGGGCGUCCCCAUGUCCGAGGCGGCCACGCUCGAUGCCGGCGGUGGCUCGGCCGCUGCUACUACCGGCGCAGACAUCGCACCCGCCCCGGCGUCGUCAUCGGAUGAGCACCCCUCACGCGGCCGAGGCCCCCGCGAGAGGCACAUUUCGGAAAAGCUGCCCAUCGAGCUGCGCGACGAGGCUGUUUCCGCCGAGCUGGCGCGCCUGGACCGCGCCUACGCCGCCAAGAUUAUGUAUGUCGUGGGUAAGGGCCAGAUGCGGACGAGAGCCGGGACUCCUAUAUUCAGGAGGCUUGUGCUGUCGACUUUCUUGUGGAUCAGGGACAACACGCGGGCUAAGAUCGCGAAUUUGAGAUUGGCUAUGGAUCGUGUUGUUGAAGUUGGGUUUGUCAAGGAGAUAUGA